CACCAAUGUAUUUCAAAGGCUUAUACCAUCUAUUUUACCAAUACAACCCCAAGGGUGCCGUUUGGGGCAAUAUUGUGUGGGCUCACUCUGUUUCAACGGACCUGAUUAACUGGAAACCGCUAAAUCACGCCAUCUAUCCGUCCAAACCAUUUGAUCAAUUCGGAUGUUGGUCUGGUUCGGCCACUAUUCUUCCGGGUAAUAAACCUGUUAUUCUUUACACAGGUAUAAUUGAUGGAAACCAAACCCAGGUCCAAAAUUACGCCAUACCAGCUAAUUAUUCUGACCCGUAUCUUCGAGAAUGGGUAAAACCCGACAAUAACCCAAUAAUUUCGGCAGUUAUUGGAGUUAACCGAACAGCAUUCCGGGACCCGACAACUGCUUGGUUUAAUAACGGGCAUUGGAAAAUUGUUGUGGGUGGUAGGAGGAGGGAAAGAGGGAUGACUCAUUUGUAUAGGAGUAGGGAUUUUGUAAGAUGGACAAAAGCACAACAUCCUUUGCAUUCUAAAGCGGGAACUGGAAUGUGGGAAUGUCCUGAUUUUUUUCCGGUUUCAAAGACGAGUCCAAAUGGGGUUGAGACAUCUAUGGUCGGGAGUGAUAUGAAACAUGUGUUGAAAGUGAGUCUUGAUGAGACUAGGUUUGAGUAUUAUACUAUUGGAUCGUAUGAUUUGAAUGUUGAUAGGUAUUACCCGGAUGAUGGUUUUGUGGAUGGAAGAAAUGGGUUGAGGUUUGAUUAUGGUAACUUUUAUGCGUCUAAAACUUUUUUUGAUUCGGUUAAGAAUAGGAGGAUUUUGUGGGGAUGGUCUAAUGAAUCUGAUACAACAAAUCAAGAUAAGGAGAAGGGAUGGGCCGGUAUUCAGACAAUUCCGCGAAAGUUAUGGCUAGACCCUAGUGGGAAGCAAUUGUUACAAUGGCCAAUUGAAGAGCUUGAGGAAUUGAGAGAGGAGAAAGUUGAAUAUAACCAUCAACUUCUCAACAUUGGAGAUGUUAUUGAGAUUACAGGAAUUACACCAGCCCAAGCUGAUGUUGAAGUGAGUUUCUCAUUUGAAAGCUUGAAUGAAGCAGAGGAGUUUGAUCCAAAGUGGUCUCAAUGGGAUGCCCAAGAAUUGUGUAAGAAUAUGGGCUCAACUAAACAAGGUGGUCUUGGGCCUUUUGGUCUUUUGACACUUGCUUCAAGGUAUCUUGAGGAGUAUACAUCUGUCUUCUUUAGGGUAUUUAAGGCCCAAGACAAGCACGUGGUUCUCAUGUGUUCUGAUGCUACAAGCUCAUCUUUAGAUGGUUCUACCUAUAAGCCAUCACUUGCAGGCUUUGUUAAUGUUGACUUGACAAAGAAGAUGAAGCUCUCAUUGAGGACAUUGAUUGAUCAUUCGGUGGUGGAAAGUUUUGGAGAAGGAGGGAAGACAUGCAUUACAUCAAGGGUGUAUCCGAAGCUAGCUGUAAUGGAUAAAGCUUACUUGUAUGCUUUCAACAAUGGUUCUACACCGGUGCAUAUUGAGGAUCUAAAUGCUUGGACUCUUAAAAAGCCUAUGAUGAUGAACUAA